AUCAAGAUCAGUAGCAUGACUACAAUGGGCGUGUUCUACACUGCACAGCCUAGACAAAGAUAAGUCGUCGCGAAGCUGGUCGAUAUUUUAACUUCCUGUACGUUACCUUCUUGAUUCUUGCGAUUGGUCUUUGUAUCCUCAGAUAACAUAUUACAGAUACAUGAUAAGAGAAAAACUGGCCGAUAAAAGGCGAGUUGUGGAUUAGAUGGCUUGUUUUGUGUGUAAUGACCACAUCCAAGGUGUGUUUGUGAAUAUGAGUGGGCUUAUUCACAUGUUGCUGCAGGCCAAGUGAAUCAAUCAGGUCAAGGAAUUUUGUAGCAUCUGGGUCGUCAGGGACGUCAACGUGGAUGUUAAAAUCACCCACGAUAACCACAUGCUCCUUUGAAAGAAUAACUGAUUCCAUGUAACCAGAGAAAUCCCGAAAAAAUAUGCUGAUUGGUACCCUGUGGUUCGGUGAGUAAGGCUGCCGAUAUAUGAUGACAAUUCUAAGAUCAAGGCCAGCACCUGAGGAGACUCACCACUCAAAAUAUUAUAAUGACUCAGCUAAAAAAGGUGAUGGCAGCCCGUACUCGAAAAGUUCCAUGACUUCUCAAUAAUUUUGACUCAGCAGGCAUUUCAAGGCAAAAAGAAAUGCCAUUUUCAAAGACUCAGAAUCCGCCGAGGCGAAGAAAGUAUUUCUAGUAAAGCUCGUCGAUUUAAAACGGCGAAAUAAAAGACUUUUCAUUCGAUUCACAACAGAUGACAUUUUGUGCUCGAUGCGUGUGCAAAUCAGAUAAGUAUCUUCUUUUGCGAUUUUUUGUAAAAUGUAUAAUAAAACAAUUAUUGAAUUUGGCUUUCGCAUGAUAUCGUGAAUUAUCAAAACCUCGUGGCUUAGUUAAUUAAAACUCAGACCUUGGGUUUCACAUGCACGAUAUCAUGGUUAACCUCAUCCAAUAAUUGCUUGUGAGAGUCAUGCAAUUCUUCCGGAUAUUCAGGAUAAAAUUCAAGUAUCAAUCCUUUUUUGCUCUCUGAGGUGUAUUAGGAUAGAUUCAGUUUGUCGAUAUUUUUUUUGUUUAUCCAUCUUGAUCACCCUGUUGGGGGAACAUCAGAAAGCGUGUUGAUAUAAAACUACUGACAAAUAAAAAACUUUAAUGAUAUUGAUACAGCUCAAAACUCACUUCCACGGGAAAGCCCCUGCCAUAUUGCAUCAUCAACUUCCUGUUUCAGUCACGCCAUCGCCUGGGCAUAAUGUUAGAAUUCUUCAUCUUUUAAAAACAUGUCAUUAACCAGAAUUUGGUAAAAUAUGUGGUCUAUGAAUUGAAAUCAGGUGAUUUUUUCGAAAACGUUGAAAUAGACUUGAGAGUGCUGGAAGGACGAUUUGGUAAAAAAGUGCCUUGAAACCUCUUGUUCCCAUAUUACUUAAAUGUCCAGAAAAAAGGGAAUGACGAAGCGAGUCUUCCUCUGGACUUGUCCACGUUCCUGCUCCUCGGUAUUCCUCCGAUCGAUCGACACGUUGUCUACAACCCAUGCCAUGUCAGAACCGUUUAGAUUUGCCUUCCACUUUGGUCCAGAAAGACAAAGCCAGCGCUACACGUCCCAGCCAGUCGACGGGACAAAGAGCUACGAGGCAGUAACCAAGUGGAUUUUGGACCAACCAUUAAAUGAUAGGGAAAAUGUGGUAUUUGUCAAAGAGAUGGCGCGUUACCUGAAAGGACGGCUUACUAUUUUAGAAGAAUCAUUUGCUGAUGCGAAGCAUUCAUUUCUCAUAAGAAAUCCACAAAAGGUAUUGAAAUCUCAGUAUAAAGCCAGUACGAACCCAGAAAUUCAGUCAGGAUCCAACUGGACGUAUUUCGACCCUGACGAUGCGGGCUUCAAGGAGUUGUACGAGUUGUAUCGAUUUGUUAAAGAUAACCUCGAUGCCAAUCCCGUGAUUAUAGAUGCAGAUGAUUUACUCGACUCACCAAACCAGAUGAUGAAGGCCUACUGCGAUGGAGUUGGUAUUCAAUAUGAAGACCAUAUGACCACUUGGAAAGCGGGUGAAGUACCCCAGGCAUUCACGUGGGAUGGUGAGUGCCUUAGCUGGUACUCAAACGCCAUUAAUAGCAGUUGUUUUAAAAAAGAAUUCAUGCCUGAAGACUCGACAGCCAGUGCCCCGGAUAUAACCUUUCCUCUUGAGGUUUUCAAAGGCAUUGAGUACAGCCGACCGUUUUACGAGAGGUUAUAUUCAGAGAGAGUCACUUUAUUCUAAAUUUUGGAAUAACAUCUAGACUUAAUCAAACCUAAAAGCGGAGCUUUAGGUUUUUUCUAGCCCUUCACUCUAUAGAAAGUGUUGCAACAAUCUUGUAAGCGCACUGCGCGAUACGCUAUUUUCUAAUUUAGUAACCAAGCUAAGGGUUGCGUUAGUUAAUAAUUAAGAUUCGGAUGUAUAAUUGAGUCUUUUCACAGGCUAUAUAAGUGUGUGUGUUUGCGUGUGUGUGUGUAUGGUAAUUUUUUUUCUCAAAAAGAUCGAUAUCGAUAUACUGUUUAGGCUCGUAGUGAAUUAUAGUUUUGUUAAACACUUUUGGACACAGUUUUUCUUUGUGUGUCCGUGUCCGUGUCCACGAUUUGGAAACACAGGUAACCCAGGCUCACUGUUUGUGUCACGUACACAUGGUUGAAUAGAGAGAACAUAUGGGGCGAAGUUUAGG